CCUAAUUUUACACCCCGCUUCGCCACAAUCCCCUUAGCUCCGAAGACACGCCGCUCCCCGAAAUGCCCGGCGCUUUCCCGCGCCAAAUUGGGCCCGCGCUGCGCCCGCCCAGUGCACCAACUGGCGCCCGGUCUUCGCGCGGCGCGCGGCCCCGGCCCUAAAAGAAGACACCGCUCGCCGCCCCAUCGUCUUCUCCCACCAACCCUGCUUUCUCCGUUCCGCCUCCCCCACAUGUCCCGUUUCGCCCGCCAAACCGCGUUCGACGUCGACUACGCGCCGGCCCGCAUCUCCAAGUGGCGCUCGCCCACCACGGGGCUCCAGCUCACAUACAUCAACCAGCCGUCGCCCAUCGUCAAUGGGUACUUUGCCGUGGCCACGGAAAUCGCAGACGACUCCGGCUGCCCCCACACGCUCGAGCACUUGGUGUUCAUGGGCUCCAAGAAGUACCCCUACAAGGGCCUCCUCGACAGCUUGGGCAACCGCUUUUUCUCGUCCACCAACGCGUGGACCAGCGUGGACCAGACCGUGUACACGUUGUCCACUGCCGGCUGGGAGGGCUUCCGCACCUUGCUCCCCGUCUACUUGGACCACUUGUUCCACCCCACGCUCACCGACGACGCGUGCCUCACCGAGGUCUACCACAUCGACGGCAAGGGCAAGGAGAAAGGCGUGGUGUUUUCCGAGAUGCAGGGCAUCGAGUCGCAGACCUGGUUCGUGUCCUACUUGAACUUGCAGAAGACCUUGUACGCGGAACGCUCCGGCUACUCGUCCGAGACCGGCGGGCUCAUGGCUGAGUUGCGCCACUUGACCAACUCGCAGAUCAGAGACUUCCACCGCGCCAUGUACCGCCCGGACAACCUCUGCGUGGUGAUCACCGGCUCCGUGGACGAGGCCGAGCUUUUGGCCACCAUGUCGGCUUUUGACGAGCAGCUCGCGCCGUUGCCUGGCACGCUGCCCAGGCGCCCGUUCGUCGACUCGCCGCACGACUUGCCCUUGCCGCACACCGUUGUCAAGUCCGUGCAGUUCCCCGACGACGACGAGUCCAUGGCCGAGUUGGUCAUCGGCUGGAUCGGGCCGGAGAGCGGCAAGCUCUUGGAAAAUUUGGCCGUGGACAUGGUCGGCUCGUACCUCGCGGACUCGCCCAUCUCCUUGUUCAACCGCCACUUGGUGGAGGUGGACGAGCCUUUGGCCACGGAGAUCGACUACGGCACCGACGACUUCGUGCGCACGGGCUUGAACUUCACUGUCAGCGGCAUCCCCACGGCGCACUUGCACGCCGUCGACGCCAAGUUGAAAGCUCUCUUGGAGGAGCAGACGCACCCGGAGCACUUGGACUUGAAGUACAUGACCGAGGUGGUCAACCAGCAGAAACUCAAGUUCGUGGCCCAGACAGAGCGAGACCCGGCUACGUUCUCCAACAUGGCCAUUCUGGAAUUCAUCUACGGCAACCCGGACGGGCUGGACUUGCUGAAGUGGACCAAGAGCUUGAACGAGUUCGAGGUUCUCUCCACGUGGACUGCCGAAGAGUGGUGUGCUUUGAUCAAGACCUACUUUGUCAACAACCACCCGGCCACCAUCUUGGGCGUGCCGUCCUCGAAAUUGAACCGUGCCAUCAAAAAGGCCAACAAGGACCGCAGCAAGGAAAUCAAAGCCAGGUACGGCGACAGCGGGCUCGCGCAGUUGGGCGAGAAGUUGCAGCUUGCGCAAGCUGCCAACGACAAGCCCAUCCCCGACGAGCUUCUCACUCAAUUUGGCAAGCCGGACCCGUCCAAAAUCGAGUUCAUCAAGACCAAGUCUUUUGCUGGCGGUGCCAAUGAGGGCCAGUUCACCGAGUACGAACAGACAGGCAACUUCCACGACGUCAUCCAGAAGGACCUGCCCGAAAACUUCCCGUUGUACUUGCACUUUCAGAACUUUCACUCGCAGUUCGCCACCAUCCAUCUAUUGAUGUCCACUACGUCUGUGCCUGAAAGGCUUUUGAAAUACUUUGCGGUCCUUGAAGAGAUUUUCUCAAUGUCUAUCCAGCUCCCCACGGGUGAGUACAUUCCCUACGAAAAGGUGAUCACGGAACUCAAUAACGACUUGAUUGAAUUCCAGUUCGACAAUGGCAUUGAGAACCAGUUUGCCGAGCUCCUGAGUGUCAAGGUCAAGUUCGAAAAAUCAAACUACAAAAAGUCGAUCCAGUGGUUGACCAACGUCUUGAAGUACUCUGUGUUCGAGGAAUCGAGAAUCAAGAUCAUCAUCGAGAAGAUCGUAAACUCCCUCGCGGACAAAAAGAGAAACGACGAAUUGAUGAUGUACUCUUUGCAGUACCGUACUGUCUACACUGAUGCGUCCAUCAGAAAAGCUCAGGACUGCAUCAAUACUGAAGAAUUCUACAAGGAGCUUCUUCAAAAAAUCAAGGAAGGAGGCUUCUCUGAAAUCAAGACUGACCUCGAGGCGAUCCGCGCCCAUUUGUUCAACGUACUGAACAUGAAGGUCUUUGUGGUGGGGGGAGCAACCAGCAUUGAAUCCCCCGUUUCAUCUUGGACUCAAUUUGUGAAAGAGUUCGAAAGCAAACCUGAGUCUUCUUACUUCUCUCUUGAAAACAUUCCCAGAGCUUUUGAGUUCAAGACAUCCAUCGGUAAUCAGUGUUCGAAGAAAGCCUUCUUGGCAACGACUCCCGCCAGUGAAACCACACACUUCAUAUCUUUGACACCUAUUCCAACGGACUAUUUGAAUGAAGACAUCUACAAAAUCGCUCUUGCCAGCGAGUUCUUGGGUGGUGUUGAGGGUCCUUUCUGGAGAGCGAUUAGAGGUACUGGAUUGGCUUAUGGCGCCAACAUUAGGAGACUUAUUGAGUCAGGAUACUUGUCAUUUUCUAUUUAUCGUGGCGCUGAUGCUCAGCAAGCAUGGAUCACGGGAAAAAAGAUCAUUUCGGAUUACAUUAGCGGUGAGCUCGAAAUUGACGCAAUCAGCAUUGAGAAUUCCAUCGCGGCCAUAGUAAAUGAGUUGGCCAAUGCCGAAGCAAACUCUUAUGAUGCAGCUAUCAACAAGAUCACAGAUGAGAUUUUCAAGAAAAGAGGCUCAAACUACGUUUCGGACUUUUUGAAACAGUUGAAUACUUACACCAGUGAAGAUUUGAUUUACAUUUUGAAGAAGUAUUUCCUUCCUUUGUUUUCCUCCGAGAGCUCGCUUAUCUUUUCGUGUGUUCCAACAACAAAAUAUGAAACCUUUUCAAAAUUCUUGCAUUCUCAAGGAUACGAAUUCACGUAGGCGGACAUGGCCUCACAAACCAGUGAUUGGACACGGUCCACGGACUUCCACCACUCAUCGCUUUUAAUACCUUUGCAUGCAACCCACUCCGCGAUGGUAUAGAACCUCAAGUCCCAGUCGAUGUUUCCAAAAUCUUUCGUGUAAACCCCUACCUUUCCAAGAUUUCUUUGACGAUUCCAAUCAAAAUAACCAUCGCUGUGUGUCGCUAAGAUUGGGUUGACCUUGGGUCUGUGCACAUGAAGG